AUGGAGACCUGCAACCGGCCCAUGCGGUCUCAAUGCUUGGACAGCUGGGAUGUGGACAGCUCGGUGUCGUCCGGCCGAAUCUCUGGCUCCUCAGGGGGGCAUGAGUCAUGUGCACUUUUCCGUGGGCCCUGGAAGGAAAGGCCACCCCUUGUGACGCCCCAGCGUCAGCCCAGGAGGAGUAACCCUCGUCUGGAGAAGCUGAGGGACAAGAUCCGAGCUCAGGCACAGUGGCAGGCUAGCUGUGCCUCCCUGGGUACCUCUGUCCCCUCUAGUGCUUCCUGCCUCUUCAAGACCUCCUCAACAAUGCCAAGAUGGAAGACCCCCAAGGUGACAAAUGCUCUUCCGGGGCCCAGUUGCCGAGUUCCAAGGACAAACAUCAAAAGGAACAGAAGUGCUUCUUGCAAAAGAGAGAUCCCAAAGUCAUCUAUACCCUACAGAACUACCAAGAGCAGAGAUUCUGAGUUGUCUGGUGUGUACGCCUGGAGAAAAGGACAAGCCCUGGUGAGGCGGCUGCUUGGCCCCCCUCCUGUCCUCUCACGGCUCCAGAGCAAGGCCCCUGCCACGGAAUUAGGCUCUAACAAGAAAGCAGCACUUGUUGAGGACUCCCCGGCCCAUGCCUGGUUAUCUAAGCCCACCUUUGCCAAUAGCGACCAGCACAGACCCAGCCAUGAUCAGUCAGCAACUAUCCAAGGUGCCAUGAAGGUCUUACAAGACCUGCGCCAGCAAAUCCAGGCUGGUCUGGAGCUUUCCAGGCACGCCAGGAUGGCAAGGAAGCUCUCACCAUCAAAACCAAAGCCACAGAACCUGGCAGAGAAGAAGCAGCAGGGACCUCAAACCACCCGGGACCUGCACGGCUCCCCAAAGAGUCCUUGGACUGUGACAGAACGGGAAGGCUUUUCCUUGGACAGGGCAAGGAACUUACACGGCCAGCAACACUGGAAGAAAGCCUUGACUGAGCAGAGGACCGCACAGAGACAAGACACCUCCUUCCAGAGGCCUGUGAACACUCCAGAAAUGCCAAGUUCCUUCUCACAGCGGCCCUGGAGUACCCUGGCUUGGCAGACCUAUCCACAGACAGCCCGGGAAGCUCAGGGGCAGGACAUCCCAUUCCAGAGGCCUGGGAGCACUCCAGAAACACCAAGUUCCUUCUCACAGCAGCCCUGGAGUGCCCUGGCUCGGCAGACCUAUCCACAGAAGCCCCGGGAAGCCCAGAGGCAGGACAUUCCCUUCCAGAGGUCUGGGAUUCCCCUUAAAAAAGCAAGCCCCUUCUCACAGCGACCCUGGAGUGCUCUGGCUGGCCAGGCUUGUUCACAGAGGACUUCUACAGCUCAUAAAGACUGGGAGGUUUCUGAGCCCAGUCCACGGAGCUCUCUGGCUAGGCCACAUCCUGCUCCCCAGCAGCCCUUGAGUAGUUCUUUUGUGCAGAGGUCCAGUCCCUACAGCAAGGGAGAAAGCGCUGUUCCGCCUCUUUCAAAAGUCAAAGCAGCUUGGCCAGAGCCUACCCAGGCCUUCCCUCAGAGCAAACCAGCAAAGGAGCAGGACACACGGGAGGCCUCACCCUGUGUAAGGCCAUGGGUGUCUCUGCGUCAGUCACAUAGCUUUGAGUCUUUGCAGAACUUUAUUCAUCAGAAGGCCCAGGCUGAAUGGCAGCAGGCCAGGGAGCAGAAGGCCUUGGCUGCACACACACUGGAGCUGCGGAACCAGAGGCUGCAGGAGGUAUACCGGAAGCAGCAAGAGGCCAUCCUUGGCAAGACCAUCCCUGUGGUUUCCCAGAAGAGCCAUGGCAUUGUCACCUUUGUUCCCAGUACCAUACAGUCUGGGGGCCUGGAAGCCCCUGAAAGCCUGGGAGCAACACCAUUGCAGAAGUGGAGCAAAGUAACAUCUGGCAUGGUGCUUGGGGACCAGGAGGCUCCAGACAGCUUCUGUCUGUGUUUGAAUAAGCCGUGGAAUCGUGCUGAGACCCAGGACACUGGACGCCCCCAGGAAGGCUAUAAGCAGGCCCGGCUGCAGGCACUGGAGACCAUGGCUGAGGUCCUCAAGGAGCGCAUUGACAUCCUAACCACGAAGUUGCACAAGUCAACACCACAGGACACAGCUGAAGACCUGUCCUCAGACCUGCUGCCCUUGGACCCCAGCAUGACACCUGCCACCCCCACACUCACUCCUCCCUCUUGCCUUGGAACCUUAAUGUCUACAGGGGGUAGAGAAGCUCCCCAGGCCAAACCCCUUCUCCCCAGCACCUACUUCCAGGAUGGGGCAAGAAGGCCAUCAAGACCUCCGUGCUCUGCAAGUCCUGUGUCUAGCACCCCUGCCUCAGUAUCUCAGGCCAUCCCUCACACUCAGCCUUGUCCUGCUGGCUCAAGUCAUGGGGCCCUUUCCAGGAGUACCAUAGAGGAGAGACACUGGGAUCUGGAGAAGAAGCUGCAGAGAGAAAUGGCCGCCCUCCAGGCCCUUGGUGCCUGCAUGAGGAGCUCACUUGGGGUGUCAGCUGCACCAGCCCCCACUUGUGGCUCCCUUUGGCAGGAGGAGAUGUCAGAAGCCAAAAGGGCAGGCUUGGUAAUGCCCGGGACCACCCAGAGCUGCGGUCAGCAGGAACCCGAGGGGCCAUGUUCUGGAGGCCUGCAUGGCGGGCACCUGACCAAUCUCCAGCUGAAAUCCCUGAGCUUUCUCGAGUCACUGAAGCUGGACCAACACAAGCAGGAGCAAGCACUGGACCUUCUGCGGCAGCAGGCAGAGCAGGAGGUCUGGGAGACGCAGAUGGCACUGGAUGAACUUGUCUUCAAACACCAGCUGAAGCAGCUGAUGGAGAAAACCUCAGCCCAGCAAAGGCCGAAAAAGACGUUGAAACUGGAGCAGCAGCAGAUGUGUGGUGGCCUAGAGCCGAGCACGUUCUCUCUCAACACCAUGAUGACUGGAUUGAAAUCACCACCCUCACCAUAUAGAGACAACACCAAGUCCUCGAAGUACCCUGGGGAGGCAAAGGCAGUUUUUGCAGGUCUUAUGUCAAAGCCUCAGCUUACAAGGCCACCAGUCCCUUCCAGCAUUGCCUCAAGAUCCAGUGUGAAGCUCUGUGUCAGAGGACCCAACCAAGGCCUGCUUUCUCUCUCAGAGCCGAUGCAGCAGGACCUAGCCUCCUCCCAGCUGGCUGUAGCCAAGUUCCACUCUUCAGACAGCUCUACCUACCAGUGGAGCAUAGAGAGACCAGAGCCAGGAACCGAAAGGUCCAGAACCUUGCACCAUUUCACUAUCGCAAUGCUAGAGCAGAAUCUGAGAGAUGAAGAGUUGCAUUCACAGCACCAGGCUGCAGUGCUACGACUGCGUGAGCUGGCGCUGGAGGAAAAGACCUGUGCAGAGCUGGCCUUCCUGGAGCAUCAGAUGGGGUGCUUGGGUAAUGUGGGGCAUGAAGCAGCACAGGCCACUCUGUGGGAAAAGCAACAACAAGUCUUCGGCAGACUUGAGAAGGAAUGGAGGGACAUCCAGUACCUGAAGAAGGUGUACUUGUCCCUGCACCGUGGCAGGAAGCAGCUCCUGCACCAUCAGCAGUCUGUUCUCAGCGUGCAGCAGUCUGUGGCCUACCUGCGGCAGGAGCUCCAGGACAGAACCCAGCUGCUGCAGAGUUGCAGCCCCGGAGUCAAGGCUGCCUGGAACGGGGUCUCUGAGGCAAGUCAGAAAAUGAAGGAACACAGGCCUGGAAGCCCCCAAAGCCACUACCUCCAGGAAAUCUCUGAGAGCUUAGAAGUUGCACACCUUUCCCCUGAGCAGAAGGAAGUGAAACCUCUCCAGAUAACUUCAGUUGCAGAUCAGCACCUGCAUCCUCACAGGGUCAAGUGGGCAAAUGACACAUCUGGGACUGGAGACCCACCCAUGGAGAGUGGACAUGACAGCCAAGGACCUGGAGAACAGCUUUGUGUAUCUCUCCCUGGUCUGCUGGACUUGAACCCCCUGGACCCUAAGCAUCAGAAAAACCCAGCCUUUCCUGCCAUUAAGGAAGAUGGCAGCUCAGCCUCUCAGCUGAUGCCACAGGAGACCAAGGAGCUGGCUCUUCCAGGAGACCUGCACGCUAAACCCAGUGCAGCUGGGGCGGUGGAGAGGCCCUUGGCUACUACAGACAGCCGUGCUUGGAGCCUGCAUAGACAGUGUGGGCAGUCCCUAAAUGGAGAUGGUCCUUGUCCCCAGGAAGCCAGAGUGACUGAAAACACAACAAACCAAGGGCUGGAUGUUUCUAGAAGCCCUGAGGGGGAACCCCAGGAAGAGGCACACUGGCAGUCAGAGCAGCACAGGGGAGAAGCCUGUCCACAGGAGAACACAGACAUCCCCUUGGCCCACCCCGGAGCUGAGCAGGAGGCUGCUUCCCCAGCUCCUGUGGCCUAUGAAGAGGAGGCACAGCCUGCCUGGCAUCUAGACAGCCCUCCAUCCCAGCCUGCUGCUAUCUUGGACCUGUGUUCUGAGUCUGCUUCUAGUUCAAGGUCUUCAGGAUCCCCAGCCUUAUCCCUCACCCCUUCAGUGAGGUCAACAAGCAGCCUUUCCUGUUCAUCUCUUCCGGAGUUUCAGAAAGCUACGGCCACCCUAGUCCAGCUCUCUAACAGUUUCACAUCCCUGUCUGAGUUAGACUCUGAAGAUAGCAUGCAUGCAGACCCUAGUUCACCUAGGGAGCUUUCUGCUCAUGCUUCCUGGGAGGAGCCUGGCCUGCCUUCCCUCUGGGGCCUCCACCAGGGCCCUUCUCAACUGGAGAGGGUUCCUGGGGGUGUAGGUGAAGUGACCCUGCCCAGACUGGAAGGCAGUGGGGCCAGACUCCUGAGUGGCUUCUCUGAGGAGGCAGCUGUGGCAGGAGGCUCAGAACCAGAGUCCAGCUUCCUUCUGGCAGGCUGGCCAUUGUCACCCCCACAUGCUCCUUCUCCGAGAUCGGGGUCAGAGCUAUCAGAGUCCUCCAGCCAAAUUUGGGAAGAGAACAGUGAGGAUAACCUUGUAGACCCUAGUCCUUGUGUUGAGCCAGCCUCAGCGAACUCCUUACCUGAAAAUGGUUCCUUGGGCCUGGAAGGCAGUAGAGGGUCCCAUACCAGUCAUCCCUUCCCGGGCCCGGGGGAAGCUUCCAGAACCAGUAGGAGCUUGACUGAUACGCUGAAUAUAGGGGAAACAGGGCAGGUGUCCCCUGUGGCCACCUUCACAGUGUUCCCACCCCAGAGACCUUCUACCAAUGAUUCAGCUCUGUCACUGUCCUUUCCUUUGGGCACGUCCAUCUCUGAAAGGGCAGGUCUCAGGAAAGAAAACAUGGCUGCUGAGGCCUCAGCUGGCUGCCAGGAGGAGCCCCAGGAUGCUGAUACAAGUCCACCCAUGCAGAGGAAGACCCUUGAUCCUAAGGGACCCCCGACCCUACAGGCUCCUUCUGAGGAUGGAGCCCCCCUUGUCACAGAGGUAGCCAGUCCCUUAUGUGUAGAUGGCUUCUUGAGUGAAAUACUGUCUCCUGUGGAUGAGGAGCUGUCUUAUGGAAGUGGAGACCUUCCAUCCUCCAUCCACAGGGACACUCACCUCCCUCCACCACCUCCUACCCCCCAAGCAAAGAGUGACAUCAAUGAGCCCAGCUUAGAAGACUUCCCUUCCCCACCUGAGGAGGCCAUGUUUCCAGGUGACUCACUGGGCACCCUAGGAGAAGAUACGUCCAUUACUGCUGGAGAUGUGUCCUCUUUAUCUGAGGCUCUGGGGCCACAGGACUCAGGGCACUUCUUGGAAGCAUCUAAACAAGAUGGAAGUUUGGAUGGCUCAAGUUUAAAAUCUCCCUUGAGUAAUUGGGGAGUCAGUGCCCCUGGAUGGGCCCCAAGACUGUCAGCUCAAUCCUUGAGUCCAUCCCCAGUAGCUUAUGUAGCCAGAGAGGAUCUUGAGGCCUCAGAUAAUCAAAGUGGACCCCGGGAGGGGGUGCAGUGUUUCCAGGAUACAGAACACCUCUUAGACAGAAGGGUAGCCACGUCCUCACCCCCCUGGUCUGCACCUUCUGAAGGCCCACCACCAGGCCUGGAGCCCUUGGUACCCAGUGGCCAGGCUGAGUCCCUCAAGCACACUAGUGAGAGAGAGAAGGAAGGCCAGAGCUACUGGAUAGAGGACCAGGCCCAGCUCCAGGAUUUGUUGGACAGACAGCAGCUCCCUAGGAGAGACUGGGCUUUUGAUCAUGUCUCUGAAGGUGCCUAUGCUGAUCUUCUAGGGACAAGAGAUGCUGGGCCAGUGGCUGUGGUGUCCACCCAUCUCAGCAGGAGGAUCUUGUGUGACUCUCUGGCUGCAUUGUCAUUACUGGUCCCUGGAGACAGCACCUAGACAUGUACUCUGAAAAAUGAUGGCUUAUAGACUUAUGACAUGCACUCUCUCUCUGCCUCUGUCUGUCUGUCUGUCUCUCUCUCUCUUUCUCAGUCUGUCUGUCUGUCUGUCUCCACAAGAAUCUGAUUUGAGGGACCUGGGCUUUCCAUUGUGGGUUGUCUGUCACACCACAUCUGGCUGGCAGGACAGUUAUCUGAAACAGUCACUAGUCAUGGGUGAGAGUCUCUCAUACUGAUUAUAGGCUGCCUCUCCGUGGGCAGAGUAAUUCCCUGAAUUUCCCACAGCUUCUGUCAGGUUCUGAAAGGGUCCAAACCUCAGUGACUGAGGCAUGCACAUUAAAGGCUAUGUAGGAUGGUGUCGAAUGGCUGACCAAGGAAAGUUCAGGAGGUCAGUAGCUCCAGCUAGAAUGAGGUAGUAUUGGAAUCAGUGAGGCCAAGGGGAGAAAAGUAGUGUUGGUGGGAAAAAAAAGUAGUACCCCAUCAGGGAAAAAGUGAUCAGAGUGUGCUAAAGAACUGUCUUGGGCUUUUCUUAGUGUGCAAAUGCCCAGUGUUCACCUGCCUUGUGUGUGUGUGCAUGUGUGUGCGUGAGAGAGAGAGAAUCUGCAACAUGUGUGCAGGUGCCCUUGGAGCCCCAAAGAGGGUGUCAGAUCUCCUGGAGCUGGAGUUGCAGACAGUUGUGAGCCUCUUGAUUAUAUAUAGGUACUGGGAACUGAACUCAGGUCUUCUGCAAGAACAGGAAACACUCUUAAUCACUAAGUCAUCUUUCUAGCUCUUAACUUUAUUGUUUUGUCUUUUUUUUUUUUUUGAGACUGGGUCCCUCUGUGUAUCCCUGGCUGUCCUAAAACUUACUCUGUAGCCCAGGCUGGCCUCCAGCUCUGAGAUCCACUUGCUCAGAGAUCCACUCUUAAGUGCUGGGAUUAAAGGCAUGCAUCACCAGUGCCUGUUCCAGCACUUGACUUUUAAAAGUGUGUGUGUGUGUGUGUGUGUGUGCAUGCCAUGGUCCUUGUGUGGAGGUUAGAGGAUGACUUUUGGAAAUUGGCUCUUUCCUUUUGCAGUGGGCUCUGGGGAUCAAACUCGGCUCGUGCAGCUUGCAUGACAAGUGCCUUUACCAGCCAAGCCAUCUGUCUCGAGUUUUGGUUUUGUGAUUUUUUUUAUAUAGGUUCUAGGAAGUGACUUUAGAGAUCCUCAUACUUGCAAGGCAAGUGCUUUACCAACUGUAAUAUCUCUUCAGUCCCAUCUAGAUCUUGCUAUGUCUGUUUCCAACAGAUUGCUUGUGGCUGUGGAGGUAAAGGGCAGAUAAUUGGUCACUCCUCACAAGCAAGUCCUCAGGGGCUUGGAGUCUCUCUUUGUCCUGUGAUUUUUUUUUUUUUUUUUUUUUUUGCUUUCAUGGGGCUUGCUGGGAUACUGAUUUUCUCAGGAACACAGUGAGUGGGGGCCAAAGAAACAUCUUGUGCCUUGUGGGCCUGGCUGAUUACACCAAGGCCCAGAAUACCUCCUUUAUUCCCUGGGAGCUUUCUAGGACAGAAUGACCACAGUGAUUAUUGAAAGUGUGGGGGUGACAUAGGUGGCUCUUGUGCAAGAAAGCAGUGGCCAUUCUUUACAAGAAUACUGUCUUCCCUCAGGACGUACAUCCAGUGACUUAUUGACCCAACCACACAGGGUUUGUGUGGGAAGAAGCCACCUGCUUAAUGGUGAGAACGAGACCAGCUUGCAAUGCUCAGCACCUCACUCAGCUGGGGUUGGGCUCACCAGGGGCCUAGGGCAGAGGAGCUCUACAGAGAGCAGUGGCUCUGGGAUGGGAUUGGUCCCCCAGGAGAACAGAACAAUUUGGGGACAUGUGUAAGAGUGAGCACAUCCACUAAAGCAGUGACUCUGUCAGGUUAGCUUUGAGCUCAUGUACAUCUCUCUGCCUCAAACUCCCCCAAGUACUGGGAUUAUAGACACGAGCUGCUACACUCUCCAAAGGAAGUGGCUUUUACACAAAUCCAGAAGUCAGUCUUUUCAGAGGAAGCAGCUUUCAAAUCUCUCUUCUGAAUCAUGGCAUGAGGCUCACAUAUAUGGUUGGAACUCCCAGAGGUUGCUUUCUGUGUCCUAAAUCAUGUGUGUGCACAUGGGUAUGUAAGUGUGCAUGUUUGUAUAUAACAGGUGUGUGUAUCUAAUAGCAUCCAUUCUCUGUUUGUUGAUGCAUAUCCACUAUUCACCUUACUAGGUCUCAUAAAGACAUUGUUUCCCAAGUGCAGCAUGUACUUUGACUGCAGUCAUCCUCCAGCCUGCUCUUUCUCCCUCCCCCAUUCCCUUCUUUCUGUUUUUCUCAUGUCUUAUUUUAAUCAUUAAAAACUAUGCUUGUAGCCAGGUGGUAGUGGUACACACCUUUGAUCCCAGCACUUGGAAGGCAGAGGCAGGCAGAUCUCUGAGUUGGAGGCCAGCCUGGUCUACAGAGCAAGUUCCAGGAUAGUGAAAAACCUAAACAGAGAAAUCCUGUCUCAGAAAAACAAAAGAAAACAAAGCAACUAAAACAACCAAACAAAGCUAUGCUUAUGAAUAAUCUGUGCCGAUGACAUCGCUCCAUGAAAAGGCAGGGUCACCAAGAUGCUUAGUUCAGCACUCAUGGGAAACUGCUCACAUAAAAGCAGUUGCGAGCCAGGCAUGGCGGUGCACACCUGGGAUCCCAGCACUUGGGAAGGCACAGGCAGGCGGAUCUCUGUGAGUUUGAGAUCAGCUUGGUCUACAAAGCAAGUCCAGGAUAGCCAAGGCUACACAGAAAAACCCUGUCUCGAAAAACAAACAAAACAAAACAAAACAAAAUAACACUCCACCCCCAAAAAACCUAAACAACAACAAAAAAAGCAGUUGAAAACUUCAUGUGGUAGCCAAGUAAUAUGCAUGAUUUUGUUUUAUAAUCUGUUUUUAAAAAUUAAAAACACUUAAAUAAA